GUACAAGCGCUUUAUGAAAUUUUCCCGGAUGAAGUUCUUGGAUCCGGUCAGUUUGGUAUUGUCUACGCAGUCUUUUCGAAUAGUGGAGUAUUCAUUUUCACCUUGUUUCAAAUACAGUUUCCCUCCUUCCAACCAGGUUUUUCUGCAAUUAUUUUAUUCGCAGGAAACCACAGAAGAACCCAACGUCCCGUGGCAAUCAAGGUGAUCGAUAAACUCAGGUUUCCAACCAAAAAGGAAGCACAACUGAAAAACGAAGUGUUUAUUCUACGGAAUCUCCAGCAUCCAGGAGUCGUGAAUUUGGAACGAAUGUUCGAAACUCCAAAACGUUGCGUAUUUCGUAGUCACUUUCCGAUGCCUCUGUCUAACCCACAGGUAUUUGUCGUCAUGGAGAAAUUGGCAGGCGACAUGCUCGAGCUGAUUUUGGGGUCACCCGAAGGUCGACUGACGGAACGUGUGACAAAAUACCUCGUCACGCAAGUCUUGAUUGCUCUGCGUUAUCUUCAUCUUCGAAGCAUCGUGCAUUGUGACCUGAAACCGGAGAAUGUCCUCCUAGCCAUUCCGCCCCACAAUGCGAUUCCGGCACUGGAUUUGCCUGAACUGUCCCCUAUCAAACUAUGUGACUUUGGUUUCGCUCGUAUCAUCAACGAAAAGUCAUUCCGUCGCUCACUUGUCGGCACGCCGGCCUAUUUA